AUGAGGACAGCCGGGGAAAUGUCCGCGGCGAUCGGCGCCGCGGGCGGUAGGACGAGGAGUCGUUCGGUGAUGCUGCUGGUCGCGAUCGCGUGCUGCUGCUGGUUGCUGCUGAUCGGCGAGUGCGCCAGCCAGAAGCCGAUCAACCUCGGCGGCAGCAAGAAACGCGACGUCUACAUCGCCGGCUUCUUCCCGUACGGCAAUCACGUGCCGGAGGGUCACAUCGGCCGCGGAGUCAUGCCCGCGGUGAAGCUCGCGGUGGAGCACAUCAACGAGCACCCGACGAUACUCAGGGACUAUCGGCUGCACAUGUGGUGGAACGACACGGAGGUGAGUAGUCCCUGUAAAAUACGGCAAAUUCCCUGA